CCUGUUCUGACCUCCCCGGAAAUCGCCACCAAGUUCAAGGAGAACUGGAUGAUGCUGCACCCGGAGGAUGAGGACAAUGUGAGCGGGGCAGUCAACCUGGAUGACAGCCUGACCAGCCUGCAGUGGCUGCAGGACUUCUCUAUCCUCAGUGCCAACCUGGAGAAACCUGCUGGAGGUGCCCAGCACCACUGCAGGCAGCAGCAGCAGCACCACGCGUCCAGCUCGGACUCCCCUGCCUCCCCCCCAGCUGGCGACACCGCUUCCAGCGGUAUGCCCACCGGGCUGGGCAAGCCCACCUCGGCAGUGACUGGCACCAAGACCCUGAUCCAGGCUCAGCCUCCUGCCCAGAGCCCGGCGGAGGAUGUGGACUACAAGACGAACCCGCACGUCAAGCCGCCAUACUCCUACGCCACGCUCAUCUGCAUGGCCAUGCAGGCCAGCAACAAGAGUAAGAUCACCUUGUCUGCUAUUUACAACUGGAUCACUGACAACUUCUGCUACUAUAAGCACGCUGACCCCAGCUGGCAGAAUUCUAUUCGUCAUAACCUUUCUUUAAAUAAAUGCUUCAUGAAAGUGCCAAGACAGAAAGAUGAACCUGGUAAAGGGGGUUUCUGGCAGAUUGAUCCACAGUAUGCCGACAUGUUUGUCAACGGUGUAUUCAAAAGGAGACGGAUGCCAGCAACACACUUUAGCGCCCUCAAACAAAACAAACUCCCAUCUGUAACUACAUCUGAAGUCUCGAUAAAUCCAUCAACUCAACCUUUCCUGUCUUACCCUGGGCCUGGACAUACAUCUGUGCGGUACAUGGAGAAUUCUCACAAUAACCCACUAUUCAACUCUUCAGACAACCAACGAACUGCAAGCAAACGCAAGCAAGCCUUGCCAAAGCGAACGAUGAAGACGUCCAGAACUACCAAGUCUCCACUGCUGGGUCACGACGAUCGAGAAUCUGAAUCGCUCAAGGGCGACUUUGACUGGGCCUCAGUCUUUGAUGAUGUGUUCAAUGCAAAUGGGAGCAAUUUUGAGGACUUAGACAUCAAUGCAGCAUUGAACUCUCUGGGUACAGAGCUGGAUCUUACUGUCCAAGGAAGGCACAUUAGCCCACAGUCUAAAUGGUGCUCCAUUGGGAUGGACCAGGUUCUUGCGGAAACCACCAGCCAGGCUUCCCAGUUUGAAGAUUUUACAUUUUUCUCUGAUGCUCAAAGGCAUCCAUGGGAGGAGAUGAAGGAAGAGUUCCAAAUUACCCCUUUGGAUAUAGAUCAAGGCUUCAACUUCUAUGAAGGAUUCUUCAAUGAACUGCAUCAAUGGGAAAGAGGAGACAACUUUCUGUGACAAGACUAUAUUCCCCUGAUGAUCAAUCUUGAACCAUUUGCUACAUUAGCAUUAAUGCUCUUGAUUAUUGGAAAUGUACAGCUUACAUGAAGUUCCUUUAUGCUGUUGAAA